UUACCCUUGUUGGAUGUGUAACGGAUGCGGCAUUGCAAAUCGCAAAAAGCCAGAUGCAGAGCACAAGUGUCCACGGCAGCUUUCUCUACGAGCUUCGCUAUAUUUCUUGGUAAAUUGCGUUCUCUCGUCGACGGUGACUAAGAGAUCGGUGACUAAUCCAAAAUGCAACCUCAAGGGUCUUUCUGCAAAUCCAACGGAUCGCACAAAUUCCAAGAUCGACCAGAAGCUUUGUAGAAAAAAAAACACUCGCUAAAACAACAUUCAGGUGACUUCCAUGUUUGCAGACAGAGCUAAGAUCGACAUGGCAGAAAUCACAAGAACUGGGGGACGAGACGUUUUUGUACAUAACCAUAACUAUAACUCUGUCAAUCUGGAGAAUGCGGAAGAUUCGAAACUAGCAGGUCAGCAAUGGCGACGGAAGCAAGACCUGGAUUGGAGUCGCCUCAAGAAAACAUAUAAAAAGGAAAAACAGAUCAGUAUUUUCUACGAUACUUAAAACGCUUGGCUACUUUUGACAUCAAGAUCGAGAAGCUGGAUUCCUAGAUUUGCUGUUCAAUUGUGUACAUUGUACAAAUAAAUUCAGGGUAGCAAAAGACGGUCAAACGUUUUGCUGUCAUUUCACUCCCCCAGUAUGCAGCCUUCAGGUUACGAAAUAGUGGUUUUAUUUUGCUGUGUGGGAAUAACAAUUCACCGAGGCGUUUUGGGAGCUAACAUCAACAGGCCUGAGCCUCGGGCCAUGGAUUAUGCACUAUCCGAACUGACAACAGAGCAAAAACAGAAGAUGCUGGACGAGCAUAACAAGUUCCGAGGCUCCGUCAAGCCCCCUGCGGCUAACAUGGAAUACAUGGUCUGGGAUGAGGACCUAGCAAGCCUUGCUCAAAUGUGGACGAACCAGUGCGACUACGCUCACGGCUUUGUUCGGUUUGGCAGCGCUUACCCAAACGAGCCAAAGGUCGCGAGGAGAGACGAUCAACUCGGUCAGAAUUUAGCUCGGGAGUACGGCAAAAUGGCCGACCCCGAGUCCCGGGUUGAGAGAUGGCACAGAGAAGUAAACUACUACAGUUAUGGCAAGUACCCCGGUUAUUGCCAGCCCGGUAGGAUAUGCGGUCACUAUACACAGCUGGUCUGGGCACUCAGUCGGUAUCUCGGAUGUGGGAUGAAAUGGUGCAAUAAAAGGUUUGGUGAGCCGCCCCAUCACCCAAGUGUACCGGGCAACACGCUCGUCAACUGCGACUAUGCAAUAAGCGGCAAUACCUACGGACAGUUCCCUUACAAAACAGGCCGACCUUGCUCGAAGUGCAUCUCGGGAAAAGGAUGGUGCUACAAUAAUCUAUGCAGGGACUGCAAAGAUUUCAGCCCAGCGUGUGGAACGUCCUUGACUAGCGACUUGUGUACAAUCUACAAGGAUCGGAUGGCCAAGAUUUGUCCGAAAAUGUGCAAUCUUUGUGAAUGUCCCCUGGAAUGCACGAACGGAGGGAUUCUCAACACAGACACGUGCUCAUGCACAUGCGCGCCAAAGUGGAGACCGCCGGACUGUUCAGAACUUUGUGAGGACAAGCCCUCGAGAAGCCAGUGCCAGCAGUUUCUAAAAGAAAAUAUGAAGUGCAACCUGCCUUACAUGCAGGAGAACUGCCCAGCCACGUGCGGCAUUUGCGACGACGGUACUGGCGCAGUGCCAACACAGGGUACCCAAGGACCAACAACAGUCGCGCCGAGAACGGAAUCGACCCCCGCACCUGUAAUUGGCUGUGUAGACUAUGACGCAAGAUGUGCCACGUGGGCCGCGGAGGGGGAGUGUGACAGUAAUGCAUCAUGGAUGAGUCGUGAGUGCUGUGAAAGCUGCAAGAAAUGGAAAGACGGAGAAGGCAAGGAUAUCGACAAAGAGCAGUGCCCGCUGUGGGCUGCUCGCGGAGAUUGCGAUCGGAAUAAAUCGUGGAUGUUGAUCAACUGUCGCAUCAGCUGCAAUCAGUGCCGAGAUUGCAAAGACCAAAUGCUCUCGUGCCCAGAGCGUGCUUUGACAGGUGAAUGCAAGGCGAAGCCGUCGCCGAUAUUAUCACAGUGUCGUCAGAGUUGCGGCCUUUGUCGAGUUUAUGACAAGGAUAGUAAAUGUCCUGCAUGGGCUGUCAAAGGAGACUGCGUCACAAACUGGGCCUGGAUGUACAACAACUGCCCUCGAAGCUGUGAUCUUACACUUGCUGCGUACCAGUACUGCGCAACCAGGCCUGAUGGACGUUACCCGGCCCAGCCUUCUACGCGCGGUUUCAUUGUUUGUUCCAAAGGAAUGACGAAACAUGUAGAUUGUCCCCAGGGACAGACAUUCGACAGCAACCUGCUGAUAUGUGAUUAGUAACGAAGAAGGAAUAAUUUAUAUCCAAUUGGUCAAUUGGCUGUUAAUGGGGGUUCUGUGUAAUUCGAGCGUGAAAGCGAGGCAGUGACAAGUUUGUUUACAGCCGUCUUGAAAAUGUGUGCUAGUUUUACGAUAAAGCUGAAUGCUAAAGGUUUGAAAUGCUGUUAUUGAGUGAGAAAAAAGCUAUAAAUAUUCGAAGACAGCUGUGAACAAACCCAUUUUGCCGAAGCCCUCCAUCUGUAAAACGGCGCAUUCGUUGGACCAAUAGAUGGAAAGACGCAUGGGAAAAAUGCCUGCCCAGUGCGCCUGCGUCAGAACACGUUUUCUAUUUUUAUUAGUUACAGCAUCUAUUAGGAGCACUGUUUUGAAGAAACUCUUAUGAAUUUGUUCUUAGUAAUUAUCUGUUUUGUGAACCUAUUGUGCUGUAAAUUAAAAAGUGUUAUAUCGACGUAUGAUCUGCCGCACGCCCACUGGGAGCAUUUGUGUUUCCAUUCCAUUAAAAAUACAUGGUUUCUAAUUAAAACAAGCGAAAAAACAUUUUUCAGAACCACCUGUCGUAUCCCGAAAGGAAAAAUAGCAUUAAUGCACUAUUUAAUAAAUAAUUUGCUUUCUCAUUGGCUGCUUGCCUGUAAUUUUUAAUGCAAACAAAUAAAUUAUACCGCCAUUUCUGGGUUUGA